GAACUUUGAAAGUUACUAUGAGAAUUUUGACUUGCGCAGAUAAAGCUGGAAUCUUUAGAUUGAUCCAAGGAAGAGCUCUAGAGCAGUUGCUUCAUUUAGGUUGAGAUCUUAUAUUGGUAUCUUUGUGAAGAUGGUCGAAAUUUAGUUACUGGUUAUUAGUUCAUCCAGAUAUCCAAACCUGAACAGUUGUUCAUAUGCUAGUUGUUUUAAGAUAACUUAUGUUAUCGGACUUGGUGGCAAGUGAUGAUAUUAAUAGGCCAUUGGCUGUCCUGAAUCGCGUUGGUGUAUAUAAAUGGCUAUAACUCGAUGUGAUCCUACAGAGUGACUUGGAUUCAGAAACAGAAGUUUUUAGAAAAACAAUCAGCAACGAUGAUAGUGGAAGCCUAGUUUUCCCUGCCUUAUUUGCCUUUUCUUUUUGAGAGAUUUCAUUUUCAGGUUGGUAUAAUGAAAGAUGGAGUGUUCAAUGUGAAUUAGCAAUUUGUUAAUGUGGAUGAGAUAGAAGACCACUCUGAUUCUGAAUGCCUUUUCUCUGAAAGGAAUGAACUUUGAAGUAAACCUGUAGAUAGAGACUCUUUCGAUAAAGGGAUUAUGCAUAUGAAAGGUAUUGGCAACAUGGAUAAUGAAUCUGUUCAUUUAAGGGCUACUGGAACUGAGAAGCACGUGCCUUUUGACAUUGAAAAUGGGACUGCAAGGGGUACAAUUAGUGUUGGCUCCCCCAUAUCUGUGAAUUCUCACGGAUCAUUAGAAAAAAUCUCCAGGAAUUCAUUUUCUGUCUUGAAGACGUUGUUUUUCAUACUUCUGUGGUACUCUUGCAGCCUAUUUUUGACCUUGUAUAAUAAAACUCUGUUAGGACAUGAUUUGGGAAAGUUCCCAGCUCCUUUAUUGAUGAAUACUGUUCACUUUGCAAUGCAAGCUGUGGUAUCAAAAUUCAUCAUUUGGUUUUGGUCUCAUAAAUUCCCAACUAGUGUGGUCAUGUCUUGGAGUGAUUACUUUUUGAGAGUUGUACCGACUGCUCUAGGAACAGCAAUGGAUGUUAACCUGAGCAAUGCAUCUCUUGUUUCCAUCUCUGUCACAUUUGCUACAAUGUGCAAAUCUGGUGCUCCUAUUUUUCUCCUUCUGUUUGCUUUUGCUUUCAGGUUGGAGACGCCAAGCUUUAAACUAUCAGGCAUCAUGAUAAUUAUUUCUAUUGGGAUACUGAUGACAGUGGCAAAAGAUACAGAAUUCGAAUUUUGGGGAUUCGUAUUAGUUAUGCUUGCUGCUGUUAUGUCUGGUUUUCGCUGGUGCAUGACCCAAAUCCUUUUGCAAAAAGAAACAUAUGGUCUGAAAGAUCCACUUGCCUUGAUGAGCUACGUAACGCCGGUAAUGGCAGUGGCAACAGCUCUUCUCUCUCUUGCCAUGGAUCCCUGGGAUGAGUUCCAAGAUAACAAUUACUUUGAUAAUCCAUCGCAUAUCAGUCGAAGUUGCUUGCUGAUGAUUUUUGGUGGGGCACUGGCCUUUCUGAUGGUAUUAACUGAAUACAUUCUUGUCUCUGUAACUAGUGCAGUCACUGUCACAGUAGCAGGGGUGGUCAAGGAGGCUGUCACCAUUUUGGUUGCGGUCUUGUACUUUCAUGAUGAAUUUACUUGGUUAAAAGGAUAUGGUCUCAUCACUAUUAUGGUUGGGGUCAGUUUAUUCAAUUGGUACAAAUACUGGAAGCUUAAAAAAGGCCAUGCAAGUGAAGAUCUCACGGGAGGGUCACCAAAAGAUUCUGUGGCAAAUUAUGUUAUCCUUGAAGAGAGGGAGGAGGAACAUGAUAGCUUGGAAUGAGUACGUGGCGGCUCAGCUUGAGUCAUGUUUGCAGUCCCAUGUUUAAGGAUGCUUCCUGUUGUACCUGGGGAAAGAAAAUUUUCAGAUAUGUUGAGCUAUUACCGGCAUUAACGCUGAUAUCGGAGAAGCUUACCUUCCUCUAGCUUCUUUAAUUAGAAUGUGUGGUUUUCUGUAAGAAUGUGCUGAAUCAGAAACAGAUUUUGGCAUUCUUUUUACGAGAAGAUAAUAAAUACAGUGUAGAUUAUUACAGGUUGUAAUAGAUCAAAUGUCUUCCUUGCUUCUUUUUUACUAUCGUGGAGGAAUUUUUUGUUGCUCAUCUUGUUGUAA